CCACCUAUGUUAUAAAUAACAAAGACUUGUUCCAUAGUGGAGGACUAGCUAGCAUCUUCGGCAGACUGAACCUUGCAAAUAGCUUCAAGUUGAGAGCAAUAAUGGCUGACGAAGUGGUUCUACUAGAUUUCUGGCCAAGCCCAUUCGGCAUGAGGGUCAGAAUAGCUUUGGCGGAAAAGGGGAUCGACUAUGAGGGUAGAGAAGAAGACUUGAGCAACAAGAGCCCGCUUUUGCUGAAGAUGAACCCUGUCAACAAGCAAAUCCCUGUUUUGAUUCACAAGGGAAGACCAAUCUCCGAAUCACUCAUCAUUGUUCAGUACAUUGAUGAGGCUUGGAGCAAUAACAAGUCUCCUUUGCUGCCCUCUGAUCCUUACCAGCGAGCCAAUGCAAGGUUUUGGGCUGAUUAUAUAGACAAAAAGAUUUACUCAACGGGGAGAUUGGUGUGGGGAACGACAGGGGAGGUUCAAGAGAAAGCAAAGGAGGAGUUGAGGGAGAGCUUUAGGGUGCUUGAGAAAGAGUUAGCGGAGAAGACUUAUUUUGGGGGAGACAUGUUUGGUUUGGUUGACGUGGCCCUCAUUCCCUUCUACAGCUGGUUCUAUACUCUUGAGACCACUGCCAACUUCAGCAUCACUGAGGAAUUUCCCCGGCUUGUGUCUUGGGCCAAGCGCUGCAUGCAGAGGGACAGCGUUUCCAACUCCGUUCCUGAUCAGUACAAAAUUUAUGACUUCCUUUUGGACCUUAAGAAGAAGAUGCACUCAAUUGAAUGAUCUGCAUCCCUACAUUCAUUACUGUAAAAUAUGCAUCAGCCAUAAAUAAGUUUAUAGUUUUAAAAUGAUAAGUCAAUUUUGCUUUCGGUUCAAACAAUGUUUUUGUUUUGGUCUGCAAACGUUUAAAAGUUCUGCUUUUGAUGUAGUUAGGAUUUAGUUUAAUGCGAGUUAAAUUGUAUGAGACGUUGUAUUUUGCGGGGGUGUGGAGUGGAGAGAGAAUUUGUAUGUUCGCGUUAAGGAUUCUGUUUCUCUGGCUAAUUCUCCCUCCUAGCUUGGUGU